GCUGUAGAAGAGAAGAGACGCUGACAUGGCAGAAAGCCAAGGACUUCAAGGCCGACCGAGCUAUGAUGUCUCCCGCGACACUUUGGAAGCCCAUUUGGCGGAUGGUGUCAAACCACCAGAGAUUGCUCGUCUCUUAGGGUUAUCCAUAAGAACAAUUCGACGGCGAAUGGAGCAGUACGGUCUGAGAAUGACAGAUUUAUACACUGACAUUCAAGACAACCAGCUUGACCAGAUUGUUUUGGAAUACCACCGGAUUAACCCAAACGCUGGGUAUAAAAUGAUGUCUGCCUACGUGAGAAGUCAAGGGAUUCGAGUGCCAAUUAAUCGGGUGCAACAAUCAAUGAGAAGAGUGGAUGCAGAGGGAACUAUUGCUCGUCGGAUGUCAAUGCAAGCAUGCAGGCGUAGGCAGUACAGUGUCCCAGGUCCCAACAGUCUGUGGCACAUAGACGGUAACCAUAAAUUGAUAAGAUGGCGCAUCGUAGUGCAUGGCGGCGUUGAUGGCUUCAGUAGACUCAUUGUAUACUUGAACGCUGCCACCAACAACCGAGCCUCAACGGUGCUGGAUAGUUUUCUGGGAGCUGUGGAGGAGUGUGGUUUACCUUCUCGAGUGAGAUCAGACAAAGGUGGUGAAAACAUUGAAGUGGCAACAUUCAUGGUGACGCAAAGAGGGCCAAACCGCAGUUCUCACAUAACUGGACGUAGCGUACACAACCAGAGGAUAGAACGCAUGUGGAGAGACGUCUAUGGAAAUGUUCUGGACUUGUUCUACAGCGUGUUCUGCACUCUAGAGCACAAUGGUGCUUUGAACCCGGAUAGCGAGUUAGACCUGUACUCACUACACUGGGUUUUCAUACCGCAUAUCCAGAGACAUCUACAGUCUUUCAAAGAAACCUGGAAUAACCACGGACUACGGACAGAGCACAACAGAACACCACUCCAACUGUGGCAGCACACACCACAUGACCAGGAUGCAGGUCCUAUGCAGGCUCAUGAUGACUUUGAGGUGGACAGGGAUGGGCCCAGUCACCAUCACCCAGAUGGCAUCAUUGUUCCGGAGAUACAACUGCCCCGGCCUCUCUUGGCAGAGGAAGUAAGGCGACUUCCAAAUGCCAAUGUUCCAUUUUCUGAAGCUUUGCCUUUAUACCACAGUGUGCGUAACACUCUGACAGAUAUUCUGUCCAAUGUGUGAAAUUUAACCAUUUGUCAUCACAAGAAAAGUGACAAUGCACUUAAACAUGUUGUAAAACAUUAACUAAAUAAAUUGAAAUUACAACUCUAUUGUAAACAAAAGUAAGAAGUCUUAUGUUUUAUUUCUUUGAAGCUAAAAAAUACAUUGGGAUCUGGAAUGUAUUAUUACAAAUAUAUAGUUACAAUAGAUAUAUAAUUAUUCUAAAUAAUAUUCAAUUACAUCUAAAUGAGCAAAUGAUUGCAUUUGGUGCACAACAAUCUAUAUGAGGCCAAAUCCAUGUUCCCAUGUUCC